UCACCCUCCACUGAAACUCAUUGUCUUUGCGUGUCAUAGUGUUUGAUAUGGAAAUUCACGUUUGCAUUUUUUGCAUGAGUCAAAUCAAAUUCAGUCAUAGCUAUAGCUGUACAAACUACUCUGAAAUGACUCAGUGUGGCUGAAAUGACUCCUCAUAGCUUUGUUGAGGAAAUGCAACCAAAUUCAGAGCAGCACAACAGUCAAAGGACAAGUAGUGAUGAUUUAUUGUGGUGAAAAAAACCUUUGCCCCGUCACCACAUAUUGCCAACAGGGCAAAGUGUAAAUGUUGUUAACACAGUCAUUAACCUGCUGUGACUGGUUCUGAGCUGCAGUCACAGGACAGACAACGCAGCCAAAGAUUAUGUAAAGAAGUCUCUUUUUGUUUUUUGCAUAAUUGUGAAUCACGUCCGUGUCAUUGUCAUUUUUAUGUAACGUGGCAUCAGGCUCGAAGACACUGUUAACUAAUAGCAAUUGGAGGAGGAUUUUAUUAAAGGAGCAAAGUCGCUGAGUCUUCAGUUCAGUCGUCGUGGCUACUUUACUCUGUCAGAGCUGAGCUUAUUCUUCUCCCCAGUUUUCAAAGUUUCAGGGGGGGGGGUGCACAUUGACAUUUUUUUACAAGCUGCUCCCUCUCUAGCCAGAAAACAUGACAGCAGGACGGCAAGCAGGCUCCUCUCGGAAGGAAGGAAGGAGGUUAGGAUGAGUUGGCCCUAGCUGGAGGCAGAUCAUCAGCAGCCGUUCCACACCCCGCUCCCUUUCAGAUGCCAAUAACAGGAGCCAUCCUGCUGGCAGUGGGAGUAUGGGGGAAGUUGAUGCUGGGCCCAUACAUCUCCCUGAUAGCCGACAACUCCACCAACGCCCCCUACGUCCUCAUCGGCACCGGGACCGUCAUCAUCGUGUUCGGCCUGUUCGGAUGCUUCGCCACCUGCAGAGGAAGCCCAUGGAUGCUGAAGCUGUAUGCCAUGUUUCUGUCACUGGUCUUCCUUGCUGAAUUAGUGGCUGGGAUCUCUGGAUUUGUCUUUCGCCAUGAGAUAAAGGGAACCUUUCACAGAACAUACACUGACGCAGUCCUGAACUACAACGCUGAGGAUGAAGCCAGCCGUGCUGUUGAUAAUUUACAGCACAGGCUGCGUUGUUGUGGAGUGUAUAACUACACCAGUUGGCUUGCCAGUGUGUAUUACCCAUCCAACGGCAUUCCUGCCAGCUGCUGCUUCAACUCCUCUGACUGCAACCCAGAAGACCUCCGCAAUGCAACUGUAGCUCCAAGCAAAGUCUACCACCAGGGCUGCUAUGAACUGGUCACUGCAUUCAUGGAAACCAACAUGGCCAUUAUUGCAGGAGUGACGUUCGGGAUUGCAUUCUCACAGCUGAUUGGCAUGUUGCUGGCCUGCUGUCUGUCCAGGAUCAUCACAGCCAAUCAGUAUGAGAUGGUGUAGCUGAUGUGACGUGGCAGGGAGAUGAAGAGAAGAAGAGACAAAGAGCCUUGGCACAUGACAACAGUAAAUUCCUGAAACACUAUCACACAUCUCAUUUGGAAUUUACCUCCCUCCGUCUCUCUGCCUGUGAUCUCAAUGUAAUAUCUUAAUGUAUCUUAUUGUAAAGCAUCAUUCCUUGACUCACUGCUGUUGCAUCAAAGCGUUCUGUACCAUACAUCACACUGCUACUUGAUGUAGACGUUGCUCAUUAGCACAUAUCUUGGAUCAGUACAGCCUAUGACAGAAAGGUAGACCAGAGUUGUCCGAGCUGACAGCGGUGUUGGUCUCAGAUAGGUGACUGAGUGCAACUUGGCUUUAGUGUUGGUUGCAGCAUGCUCCACCGACCACCAUCUUUGUACAGAAUGACAUUACUAAAGCUUGAAAGUAAUACUUUGAUAGAUGAUUUAGUUUUGCAUUUGACUUUGCUAUUGCUCACCAUUGUAUAUUCCUAUAGCUGUGGCAUUUUGUGAACUGAUUAUGUGUACUGAGGAUAUUUUAGUUUAUAUGAGGAAUAAGGAAACUGAUAAGAGAGUAUUUUUACGUAAGUCAACGCACAUUGCUUUUGUCCUGAGUUUUUAACUUUGCGGCAGACUAUGAGCUGAAUCCCAUUUAAUUUUUUUAAAUUCAUUUUAAAAUUUUAUUCAGUAUAAAUGUGAGGGUUUUUUUUUAUAUAAAUACAUAAGAACUAACUCAAUUUGUUAUCAAACUCAAUUAGUUUUAUGGGGGAACAGAGAUGUAAUCAAACAGCAAACCAAACAAAUGAACACCAAGUAAUGCUAGCUAACGGUAAAUCAGGAAACACGUUAGCUUGCUUGCUAAUGGGACGAUAAAUUCAUUGUUUAUUGAAAAGAUUGUAAAAGCUGUUCCCAUUUUGAUAGAGGAAGAGUUUUUAAAAAGUGGACAGAUAGCUGAAAACCUACCCUCCUCUGUUUUGAACUCUCUGACUCUUUCUUCCCUCAAAAGUCAGUUCUCUAACACAUCUACAGCUGUUAAGACGGCUUGGUCAACAGCACAGAUAAUUCAAGUUGGGCUUGAAAAAUUCACACACAUUUACUUCAAUCAUGCAAGUGAAUCCAUUCAUUAUUGGGACUGAAUUGAAAUUAAGUCUAAUGAAUUAAUUCUGCAGUAUUAUAUACUGGUGUGACCGGGACUUUUCAGACUGAGUAAUGCUUCUAACACUUCAAGGCAUCAGUAUGCUUCAAAUGAAGUAGUUUGUAUGAGGUGUUGUCCGAACACAUCUGACGGCAAAUAAUGUUGUUUGUGCGAAAAGUGACAAAAAAAAAGAGAGCUUGAGAGAGAAGUUGAAACCUUGCUUACUUUCUCACCUCUGCACAUCUGGCCUGUCGCUGCGUGACGCAAGUUAUCGGCUAGCUGGUUGUGAAAAGAAGCAGAAAUAGUCAGUUUCAGCCCCACAAGCACUUAAUUUAAAGCGUACGUCUUUAUAGUUUGAAGCACAUGAAGUUUCAGUCCCGAAGAGGUCAGCAAUAACACUUCUUAGCUUGCCAGGGUUAUACCAAGUCAUUAAGGUCAUACAUUGUUUUCUUUCAAUGGAAAAUAACACCAGCUGUGUGUCACGGUGAGAGAAGUCAACAUUAGAGAAAUGCAGGACUCAAACAGUGUUCAUCUAGUAUUCACAGUAUUCUAUGUAGUGCAUCAACAUGCCGCAUUCAUGACCAUCUGUAGAUAUGUAUUGGAAAUGUAAUUUAUAUGAUGUAAUGUUUCUCAUUCUAAUAUGCUAAUCAAGUGUUAAAGUCGUGUGUCAGAGCUUUGAUUCUGCACUGUGCUGUUAAUCUGUAUUUGUUUGAUAGUUUAUAGAAAAAACGCACUGAAAAAUAAUUGUGGCCAAUGUUUCGUUGAGAGUAACGUGCAACAUGUAGCUGUUUCAAUUUAGCUGUAUAUUUAUUAUAGUUUGGUUGGCAUUACGUUUACAGUUUCACCAAGUGAUUUUUUCUAUCUCUCUUUCACUGUGUGUGUGUGUGUGUGUGUGUGUGUCUGAAUGUGUGUGAUAAUUUUCUUUAUUUGACUGUCCCCUUAACUUUGAGUGUGUAUUUCCCUUGUAUAAUGAGGUUUACGAGUGUGUGUGUGUGUGUGUGUGUGUGUGUGUGUGUGUGUGUGUGUGUGUGUGUGUGAGAGAGAGAGAGAUAUUUUUGUGGAUCCUGUUGUAUUUUGGUCAGUAUUUGGUUGUGGCUUUUAAAAACUCAUUGCUUUUAAAGCUGUACAUUUAUUUAGUGAAUGUAUGUUUUCCAACACUCUGAAACUUGUUUUUCCUUCCUCAGACUGAUAUUGUUCUGUAAAUACUAAAUUGUAAUACCAUCCAGCUUACACAUGGGGUCACCAGACACUCAAAAAGAAAUUGCACCAUGCUGUCUACUAUUGACUAAGUCACCAUCAGUGGUCUUAUUAUCAAUAAAUAUACAGAAUAACAA